CCCUCAAGAGCACUAAACCUUGCGCGUGCUCAAGAGCCCGUAGUUUCCGUUUUCUUUCCUAGUGUUGGGGGCAGAUUUCUGCGCGCAGCGCCGACUGUCCUCUGCUUUCCAGCUUUGAAAACGCCUAAAUUGCAGAGUCAGCGGCAUACUCCUGACACAACAGGCACGGUCCAUUGAGGAACCCAGAUAUGGAUGCUGAGCAGAACCAGGUGUUGGACACCGCGUCAGAGACUCGAGAGCAACAGGAGACUGGAGCAGGAGACUGCCCCCAGUCACAACUCGACUCUCCAAUAGAUCCUGCAGGAUCUCCAGUGAAUGGGCAAGAAAUGGAGCGUUUGUCAGGAAUGUCAGAAGAAGUGCAAGAGACGGCGCCUAAAGCAGAAAAAUCACCAAAGAACAUGUCUGAAUCUCCUGAGAAGGUUCCAGAGACAUCUCCAGAAGUGACGAAAGCAGAGAAGUACCCAGAAAAACAACCAGAACUAGAGAGCUCAGAGGUCUCUGAGUCAGCUACAGCAUUGUACUUCGAACCAGACAAAAAACAGACCACAGUGCCUGAAAAGCAGCCAAUGCCAGAGAGAACACCAGAGCCUCUGCCUUUAGAUGAGCCUCUAGCAGAGAAUAACAUUGACACUGCGCCAGAGAAAAUGGCUGAACCCGUCCCAGAGGCUGUUAAACAGUCUGUGCAGGCAGCGCCCGAGCCUGUCACACAGCCAGAAUCUGAGGACGUGAAACUGCUCCAAGAGAAAGAGCCUGGGGAAUCUGAGAAGCAGGCAGAAUCUGGUGUUGUGUUGGCGGUGGUGCCAGAGAUGCCAGCGGAGCCUAAAACUGUACAGGAAGUGGAGGCAGACAAACAGACCGAAGCUGAAAUUGUACCGGAACCAAAGAAACCAGUCGAGGCUGAGACUGUGAAGAAAGUGGAAGCAGAGAAACCAGUCGAGGCUGGGGCUGUGAAGAAAGUGGAAGCAGAGAAACCAGUCGAGGCUGUGAAGAAAGUGGAAGCAGAGAAACCAGUCGAGGCUGGGGCUGUGAAGAAAGUGGAAGCAGAGAAACCAGUCGAGGCUGGGGCUGUGAAGAAAGUGGAAGCAGAGAAACCAGUCGAGGCUGAGGCUGUGAAGAAAGUGGAAGCAGAGAAACCAGUCGAGGCUGAGGCUGUGAAGAAAGUGGAAGCAGAGAAACCAGUCGAGGCUGAGGCUGUGAAGAAAGUGGAAGCAGAGAAACCAGUCGAGGCUGAGGCUGUGAAGACAGUGGAAGCAGAGAAACCAGUGGAGUCUGGGGCUGUGAUGGAAGAGAAACGGGUAGAAGCUGAAAUUGUUAAAGAAGUAGAGUCCGAGAAACGGGCAGCAGGUGAGGCAGAUGCAGUGGAGCAGCAGAAGGCCGACGUUGUCGAGCAGAUUCCCGCUCCUGGUACCCUGUCUUUUGCCUUCCUGGAGCAUGAGCAGACCAAAGCCACACUUCGCACCUCUCGCACUCUAAUCAUCCUCCGAGGCCUCCCCGGCAGCGGCAAGAGCCUCUUGGCACGUGCCAUUGCAGAUAACUACCAGGGUCUCUGCACGGUCUGCUGUGCUGAUGACCAUGGUGUGAAACCGGAGAGUCCAGACGCGUCGGCAGAUGGGUACAAGGCUUUUGACGAUGCUGUGGUAGCCUGCUGCAGUGUAGGAACAUCUGCUCAAGUGAUUGUGGUGGAUGACACCAACCAUACCCAUGAUCGGCUGGCCCGUCUUGGGGAGUUGGCAGAGCAGCACCGGCUGGUGGCCAUGUUUCUGGAGCCCCGCACUGAGUGGAGCAGAGACUUGCCACAGCUGGCCAAGAGAACUCAGCGGGGGCUAGAGGAGGCCCAGAUCCAGGCUAUGAAAGUUCCUCUUGAGGAGACGUCCCUACCCCUUUUCUUUGGCUGGUUCCUUCUCCCUGGCAUCCAGGACAAGGUCAGGUGCACGUCCAUGGAUUUCCUGAAGACGCUGGACACGCUUGAGGCCUUCAAGAAGCACUUGCCUGACUUCACUGUUGAGGCUGAGAAAGAGGUGGACCUGGAGCAGUAUUUCCAAGCCAAUGGCGUUCUUCAUUGCACUACCAAAUUCUGUGACUAUGGCAAGGCUGAGGGAGCCAAGGAAUAUGCAGACAAACCAGCUGUUAAAGAGUUGUAUGGCUCUGCGUUCGAGCUGUCCCUCAGUGCCCUCUUCGUCACACCUCGCACUGUUGGUGCCCGGGUUUCAAUCUCUGAGGAUCAGUUGACCCUGUGGCCUGCCGAUGCUGAGGAGGUGGUGUCUGUAGUCCCGGCCGCCGCCACCCUGCCCGCUGGUAGCCGUGCCCACAUCACCCUGGGCUGUGCGGAGGGCGUUGAGCCACAGCAGACGGGCUUCGACCUGCUGGAGAUCCUAGCGCUGCAGCAAGAGGGUCAGGAGGGAGAGCUGGUGGAGGAGAUGGAGCUCGGCUCCCUGGCCUACUACGGCAAGGGGAGGUGGCUACUCAGUCUGAGGGAGCCCAUCUCCGCCCAGGCCUGCUUCUCCAGCCUCUACGGGCCCAAGAAGGCUGACUCGACCAAGAAAGACGGGGACAAGAAGAAGAAGCAAAAGUGCACCAUACUGUAAAGGAGAGGGGGAAGGUGGAAAUGGAUGGCUCUGGAUGAGUGGCGUACUAGUGUUCUGAUUGGUCUGUGGGGAAGUUUGUGUGUUUGUGCUACUUUUGGGGUUUGGGAGGCGUCUUGGAUAUCCCACCCCAAAUUCACAAGCUGUGUGCCUUUCUCUAUUGCUUUGCUGCACAACCCAAGAGGCCUUUAUACCACAGUUUAGGUCAAGCUUAGCAUCUUGUUCAGUGUCUUGUCAUGCGUUUUUAGUGGCAUAGUUGCAAUUGGAUAGGAUUUCUGAAGACUAGGCCUGAUUUCAUGGCUCAGCUGCAGUUUUGACAGAUGUAGUACUGCUUCUCCUAGUACCGCUUCUCACCGUUUGACCACUAUUUUCCCUACUCAAUUCAUGUCUAACACUAUAUUUAAAAAAACCUUCCGCAUAUGUCAGUGUUAAGCAUUUAGAUAUUUUCAUGUUUUGUGUGAGUGGCUCAUAGUGUUUUCAUUGCAUGCCAGGUUUAGCAGAUGUAGUUCUAGUCAUGAUUUAGCUUGUUCGCAAAAGAAGUUGCACAUCUAUUUCAGUCAUUUCCUGUGGUUUGGUCAGUUUAGCCAUGUGUUUGUAUGUUUGGUACGAAGGAAAGAGUUGGGUAAGUUCACAAGUAGCUCAUGGGCCAAAAAGGGUGUCUGUGUGUGCUUGAUUUGAUGUGCUGAACUGUGAAUGUCCUUCAGAGGCCAUUCCUAAUUAACUCUUUCUUUUUUUUGCACGAUGCUACAGAAAUCAAAGGGAGAAUGCUGAUGAAUGUGCAGUUUGUUUCAUUAGCUGGCACUUACUUGGUACUUAUCAAAUGCUGUGAAACCAAGGCCACAAUUCUGUAGUAUAGGAGACUGCAGCCUGGGAUCAUCCCUCUUUCUGUCAACCACAGUUAGGUUUUGCAUGUCAACUUGUAUGUAUCUGCUGUCUGUUCAUGACUGAUGUGUAGGUUUCUUAGGGCAAAGCCAUGCUUGUUUAGUUCUUCCAAUGAGUCACUGUUUUUGCACAUGUUUUGUACACUUAAUAAAAUAAUUUGCUUUGCGCCAAA